AUGGUGUCUCCAGCAUCAGGACCAUAUAUUCGACCACACUCGAGCCUGUCAGCUUCAACAAAGAAGCAAGCACAGGGGUCUCGCAAGCCGCCACCACUCAAUUUACGAUCCACAAAGGCAUAUUCGCAACAGUCAAAGAUGAAAGCCGUACGAGGGAGCGUAUGUUGGACCGACGAGGGUACGGAAGUGCCUUUAAUGAUGGAUAUGAUCUCUAAUAGGCCCGCUCCGGGCAACUCUGAAGCUAAAGCCUCCGGUAUAUUGGGAGCUAUGCCCCAUGAGUGGAGCGACAAGGGUGUCUCCAUGGGCCGACCGGUGGCGGAAGCAAACGAGAGCGACAUGGAUCUGGGGCCUCGACCAGUAUCCCCGCAGAAAUCACUUCGAACCAUAAUUGACCUGGACUCGAACGGUUCAGAUUCGGAGUCCGACAUCUCUCCACUUGAAGAGGAACGACCUCCUAUGAAAUCAAGCAAAGUCCUCGCUCGAUUUUUCCCUGAACUUCGAGGUGGCUUCGACGUCAUGCCUCCCGAUGGCGCUGAGAACACCCCGAAGCCAAAGAAAGGUCGCUCGCGUAUCGAAAAUGAAAUCGAAGAGCGCGUGCACAAUCUAUACCACACCUCGACGGAUGCUCACCCCGGUCAAAGAUCAACACUCAAUGAUCUGGUAGACGAGUCUCACGACAUAGUGUCGGAUAUCGAGUUUGAGCAGCGAAGCACAGCCUGGGGCGGUAGAAAUGGCCAUUCCGAUCGAAACAGAAAGAUCACGCCAUCUCGCAGCGCAACCUUCGAUGAUACAGCGUCAAUGAACUCUCGAAUGACUUCAAACCGUUCUAGAGUUGGGCAGGCCCCGUCCAAGCCAACACGCUACAACUCAACUGCCUCCAAAGCUUCCAAAGCAUCGACUGUCCAAGACCUCAGGUAUAAGCCGCUGCCUCUUGCGCCCGUGAUGGAACCCGGAUCGACUGAAAGAACUUCGCGACCACCAACAUCGCGUGGUCCCGCUUCAAAUUGUGACGACUGCUCAACUUAUCAACCCCACCAUUUACCACACUCCGCUUACGCGAGCCACCACAAACAGUCCCACCGUUGCCAUUCUUGUGGAAGACACGGUGAACAUCGCCAUCAUCGCGAUGGUAGCGUUCCCCGGUCGGAACAUCAUCGCCCCGGGUACUCACAUGGCGGAAAUGGGUCGACAUGGAGGCACGACACUGAACAAAUGGAAAUCCAGUAUGGAGGAGAGGAUGGAAGAUCUGGGCGAAGAGUUUUGGUGUUGGACGGCCCACUACAAAUCAGUCGCAACCAACAUGGUGACUUGGUAGCGGCGCGGCCCGCGCCCCUUCCUCCUUCCAAGAAACCAUACUCCGAGUCAAGCCCUCCUCCCCACGCACCCCUGGAGUCGCUCAAGAAAGAAGCCCGACGAACAGGCAGCUCUAAUUCACUUCGAGCAGAUUCAGUGAAGAAGAAGGGUCACAAGUAUAGCCGAUCCAAGGAGUCCAAUGACACAAGCAAGGACAGCAAACCCGCUAAAUCCAAAGAGGAAUCGAAGGGCAGUCGGUGGAGUGGUAACUCGAAAUCGAACGACAGCACUUUCGGUGGCGAUUUACACAAAUUGAAAAAGUCAUUCUCUAUAUCCCGACCGACGUUCCAUCGAAAGCAAAAUUCACGCGCGGACGAACGCCGAUUCAGCCGGUUGAGCACGUUGAGUUCACGGUCGGAGACUGCGGUGGACCCACAAGACGAUCUUUCCAAGCCAAACGAGGAGUCGCAACGACUGUCCCGCCAUUUGUCUUUGUCGCACCCCAACCUAGAAGUAGUGCCGGGUGAGGAGGAAGGAUCCAACAAGCGGGACGAUCUUCUUCUUCAAUUGCCUCGUCUACAAACCGACAAUUUAGGCUUCAAGAACUUGCUCGACCAGUUUGGUUCCGAACAGCGAUCCGCGGUGGCUCGGCCCCCACAACCCACGCAACCCGAAAAACAGGAGAAACCGGAGAAGCAGGAAAAGCAGGAGAAACAGGAGAAACAGGAAGAGACACAGGACGACACGAAAGAUGCUAAAGAAGUCAUCCCCGCUGGUGUUGUCCCCGAAUUGCCGCCAAAUGACGCUAGGAUUCCUGCAAAACCACCUCAUAUGAUGCGACAGUCUAACAGAAUGCGCCAGUCCACCGCUUUCGUCUCUACAGCCAAAGCUAGUAGUGUUUAUGUGCAGUCAGAGCGUAUCUAUGAACUUGCUGCGGAGCCAGCAUCGCCGUCUCAGUCAAUGGCGCCAGUGACAUGGUCAAUGCCAAGGUCAAAACCUCGAGCUCAGUUCAAUAUUCAAUUCCCCGUGGAUAUGAUUAAGGAUUCUUAUAUCGAGUUAUUGAUGGAAAGAAUGCCUUCACUUGACGAUCUAUUCAACUUCGCUCUCAUCAAUCGACGAUUCUAUCGCAUUUUCAAACAGCGCGAGCUGUUGAUGAUCAAGAACGCGCUAUUCAAAAUGUCGCGACCAGCAUGGGAACUACGUGAGAUGAGUCCCCCCUGGACCACUGAAUGGCAGCUUGUCCUGGACCCAGACUCCCAGGUACCCGAGUAUACUGGAAAUCUUUAUCUGGACCGAUACGCAAAUGAUAUCUUCAUUUUGGCUCAACUCAAGUCUAUGGUUCUCAUGCGCUGCGCUCCUUUCUUGCGUCGGGAUACCAUCCGGGGUUUGGCUGGUAUGGAUGAUGACCGUGCUGAAGAAGUUGACAACGCUUUUUGGCGAAUUUGGACCUUCUGCCGUAUCUUCGGUAGCGGAAAGGGCCGUGAAAACGACAUUGAGGGUCAAGUUGACUGGCUUAAGGGGGGACGCAAAGCCCGGAAAAACCAGGCCGCGUCUUCAUCCAUGAUGACCGAGCCCUUUGGGAUGAACAAUGUUCUAUUUGAGCCACCCGUGGGAUUCGCUCGCGGAAACUGCGGAGGACUUACCCCCAGGGAGCUCUAUGACAUGACUGAGAUCUGGAACUGUAUGAAUGUACUGGUCCAGCCCCUCCAUGGUAAAUGUAUCGAGGCCCGUAAAGUCGGUAUCUUCGAUGGACUCGAUGUGCCAGAUAAUGAUCCUGUCCGCGAAGAAACCGUUCUUGAAGAAUGGACAUAUUGGGUUCUCACGCUGGGCAUGUCAGCCGUUCUGGCUGUCAGCUCACUAAACCCCAGCGAAACCCCCGCAGUGGUUUUCAACAGGGCCAGGGAUCUCGGGCUUACCAAGUGGGAACUAACUGAGACUCGCGUUACUCGCUCCUCAUUUAUGAAAGAAGCAGUCUCUCGUGUAUACGAAGAUCAAGAACGAUCCCUCUCACUCCCUUCCGGUUCCUCUGAUAGCCCAUGCGAACUCCCUUCCGAUGAGGUACCAACUCGCGGUGAAGAGCACGAGCGCCGACAAGCCCUUUCCAUGCAGAUCCGCCAGCAGCGCAGCCAGGGAGGAGAGGAACAGGGGCGCUUGGGCCCGGAUAACACAUUUGCAUCGGAACGUCCUAUGUCUACAUUUAGCACAAUUCUUGGGAACCUGGAGGGAAUGGUCAAGGAAUCUGCUCCUCCAGUACCACCUGUGCCAGGAUUAAGCUCCGAUCGCUCAUCGACCUCCACCGAGGGACACAGUCCUAUUGCACCCGGAACCCCGGAAAAUGAUACAGACACAUCAAGUCCCAGUCACGUCCACAACCCGCACUAUCUGUCAUCGUCUGUACCUUCCAAACCAAUCCCUACAUCCGAUCCAUUCAACUCGCGCCCACGCAGCCCCCCUCGAAGCGUCCGCUCCCGCAGCCCUCACACUCCCCCGAUGACAGCAUUUGUGCCAGCACCCCUUCAGCCUCAAGUCCAAGACCCCGUCGACCGAGCCAUCCUCCGAAUGGUAAAUGAGCUUGGUUUCAACGAAGACGACGUCAAGUGGGCGCUCAAGAUCACCGACACUGGCGAAGGCAUCAACGUCCAAGCUGCCGAACAAUUACUUCAGGAGCAAAAGAAGAAAUCCGACCGCAAUCCUUUGUUUACUCGCGGAACGAAACACAAUAGCGGGAAAAACCCCUUGCUCAUGUCUGUCAUUAAGCAGCAACAGGGUGCCCAGGACUCGGGCUGGCGUUGGGCUUAA